AUGGCCCUCUCAACGGCCAAGCUGACCGAGCUGCCACCGCAUUUGGUAUCUACAUUCUCCAUACCCCGCCGCAAACCUCCGCAUUCCGCUUUCCGAUUCUUCAAACCCUUGUCUUCUUCUCUCCGCUCCACCAACAACACACCCAAAACCCCCUCCAAAAACCCAGACGUAACCGAAACUUCCUCCUCCUGGAUAAAAAAAUGGCCUUCGCCUCCUCCGAAACCAUCGCCGGCUCCGAAAUCGAGAUCGAGAAAGCCCCAUCAUCCUAAAACCCAAACAGCUCCAGUGGGUACCACGGCUAUUGAUAGAAUUGUGCUUCGGUUGAGGAAUUUGGGGCUGGGAUCCGAUGAAGAAGAGGAAGAAGGCGAAGAAGGAGGGCAGUCGGGAACAAAUUCUGGUUCGGGUAAUGCUGAUUUUGGGGAUGAGAAACUAGGGGAUUUGUUAAAGAGGGAUUGGAUUAGGCCGGACAGUAUUUUGAGGGAGGAUGAGGUUUAUGACUCUGAUGCGCUGUUGCCGUGGGAGAGGGGUGUGCAUGAGGACGAUGAAAUGGAGGAGGAUAGUGGGGGAGCUAAGAAGCGGGCCAUGCGGGCCCCUACUUUGGCCGACUUGACGAUUGAGGAUGAAGAGUUGAGGAGAUUGCGGAGAAUGGGAAUGACUCUGCGGGAGAGGAUCAGUGUGCCGAAGGCCGGGAUCACGGGAGCUGUGUUGGAGAAGAUUCAUGACAAGUGGAGGAAGUCUGAACUUGUGAGGUUGAAGUUUCACGAGGAGUUGGCAAACGACAUGAGGACUGCGCAUGAGAUAGUUGAGCGCCGGACAGGGGGUCUAGUCACAUGGAGGUCUGGAAGUGUCAUGGUGGUGUUUAGAGGAACUAACUAUGAAGGCCCUAUUUCUAAAUCGCAUAGCGUUAACACCGGAGAUGACAGUCUUUUUGUCCCUAAUGUUACCUCUGACAAUUCAGUCACGCAAGAAGGUGCUGGUAAAAGUCCGGUUCUUGAGAAGCCCAAUCCAGUUACAGCAACCCCCGUGAAGAGUAUGUCAGCAGAGGAAGCUGAAUACAAUACCCUAUUAGAUGGUUUAGGUCCAAGGUUUGAAGAUUGGUGGGGUACGGGAGUGCUUCCUGUUGAUUCCGAUUUACUUCCUCCAACAAUUCCUGGGUAUAAGACUCCUUUCAGGCUUCUUCCCGCUAGAAUGCGUUCACGACUUACCAAUGCUGAGAUGACUAACUUGCGGAAGCUUGCUAAGUCGCUUCCUUGCCAUUUUGCCCUAGGAAGGAACAGAAACCAUCAAGGUUUAGCAAAAUCCAUAGUUAAGCUGUGGGAGAAAAGUUUACUGGUAAAAAUUGCUGUGAAGCGUGGAAUACAGAAUACUAACAACAAAAUCAUGGCUGAGGAACUCAAGAAAUUAACAGGGGGAGUCUUACUUCUACGAAAUAAAUAUUACAUAGUCAUGUACCGGGGAAAGGAUUUUCUUCCUCCAACUGUGGCUACUGCUCUAACAGAAAGACAGGAACUGACGAAGCAAAUACAAGAUGUUGAAGAGAAAGUUAGGGUUGGACCACCACUGGCAGCAACACCCGUAGUUGAAGAAAAGGAAGCUCAGGCGGGUACUCUGGCAGAGUUCUAUGAGGCCCAGUCUCGGUGGGGAACAAGUAUAUCUACUGAAGACCGUGAAAGGAUGAUAGAAGAGGCAUCCAGAGCCAACCAUGCCAAAGUCAUCAGGCGGCUUGAACAUAAACUAGAAAUUUCUCAGGCAAAGAAGCUGAAAGCAGAGAAACUGCUAUCCAAAAUAGUGGAUUCUUGGGUUCCUGUUGAUCCUUCUGAUGACCAGGAGACAAUUACGGAUGAGGAAAGGGUUAUGUACAGUAAAGUUGGAUUGCGGAUGAAAGCAUAUCUGCCACUUGGGAUCCGUGGCGUUUUUGAUGGUGUUAUAGAGAACAUGCAUCUCCACUGGAAACACAGAGAACUUGUUAAGUUGAUAUCAAAAGAAAAGGAACUUUCUUUUGUUGAAGAAACAGCAAGACUUCUGGAAUACGAGAGUGGUGGGAUAUUAGUGGAUAUCGUUAGAGUUCCAAAAGGUCAUGCCUUGAUUUACUAUCGAGGCAAGAAUUAUCGGCGGCCGAUCACUCUGAGACCAAAAAAUCUUCUGACUAAGGCGAAAGCACUCAAGCGUAGGAUGGCCAUGCAGCGAUAUGAGGCCCUCAGUCAGCACAUAUCUGAACUGGAGAAAACCAUUGAGCAGACGAAGCAAGAAAUUGGCAACUCUGGAAAGCUGGAGAAUGGCAAACUAUGGAAUUCUGAGGACUACAGUAUUCCAGAAUUGAAUGAAAGUGAGGAUGAUGAAUCCAGUGAUGAUGAUGAGGAUGAGUCAGAGUGGGAAGAUGAUGAAUAUCCGGAAGUUUCAAGUUGCGAGGAGCCAGAUUUUGCAUCUCAAAAAGUUGACUAA